CUACACUGAACUGAGAAUCGACGACGAAUAAAACCAGACACAGACGGAUAGAUAGAUACUUGAAGAAGAAAAAAAAUUUAAUUUUUCUUUUUUUGCUCUCAACUCAGCUCAGCGAAAAAGGAAUUAACUUUUCAUCAAAAAAGAAAAUUUAUCAAAUUCUGAUUAAAUAAAGAAUCAAAGAAAAAUAUAAGUUGAACAUUUUCAUCGGAAUUCGCUCUCUGCUGCCGAUCUGUGAGUUCAGUGUGUGAAAAAAAAUCGAAUAAACGAGAACAAAAGAGAACAAGACGAAUUUAGAAGAAUAAAAAAAAACCAACCCACAAAAGAAAACCAACGUUGAUUUUUUACUUUUUUUCUUUUUCUUCAAUUUGUGUCUAUUCCCAUUUUAUAUUUUUUUUUUCUCGCUCUUCUACUACUCGACUCGACUUGACUCGUUGAGUUUUUUUUCUCUGUCGUGUGUGGUGUUCAUUCGUAUUGUGCUUUCAUUUUUACACCAUUCUCCGUGUCUAUUUGGUGCCCCUUCUUUGUAUUCUUCAAAGGAAAAUCGUGAAUGAUAACAGUAAAAUUUGUUUCAUCCUACCAAAACCAAACGACGAAUACGAAAAAUCAAAAUAAAAUUUCCAAAUAAUUCACCAUCAUCUUUUCACUUGUGUUUUUCAUUUCGGCGGCGGCGAAGAAAAUAAAAACGCGAAAAUAAAACGCAACGCAACGACCAACGAAAUACGAAAAAUAAAAUUGCAAAUUGAUUGAAACAAAAUCAAAAAAUAAGAGCGAAAGAAAAGAACAAAAAACAAAACUGUAUGUCAAGAAAAAAUAUGUCGGGCGACGACGAGCAACAAUUUCUUUGGUUAAAUACGGAAAAUUGCACCACAAAUUGUGAUUAUCGAUAAAAAUAAAAUAAAGAAAAAAACAUGUCUGUCGAUAGCAAUUUGCUGCGCGAAUUAUGUAUGUAAACUCGAAUGAACGUCAAAUAAAGAAAAAGUUAAUUCGCCCAUUUCCAAUAAGUGGCGGCCAUUAAAAUCGUUCGUUCGUAAGUUCGUUGAUUUUUAUUUUCACUUGUGCUGUCAAAUAAAAUUUAAAAAAAAAGUGCACUCCCAGUGAAGAAGAAGCGAGAACCAUUUUCAUUUAAAAUUUUCAGUGAAUUUAGAUUAAAAAUCAAAUGAAAUAAUAAUACAACAUAUCUCAAUUCUUAUUUUCCUACCUAAUUAGCUCUUGUGCCAAUUUUAUAGAAGAUUUUACUACUAAAGAAAAUCAAAUUUAUAUAUUGCAUCUCUCUCCCAAAAUAAAAAUAAAAGAAUAAGAGAGAAAUGAGCUUCUGUGUGAAAGUGUAUGAUUGUGAAUUAAAAUAAAAAUAAAAAAUUCCCAAUCAACCGAUUUUGCAUGGCGAAAACGAAAAAUUAAAUAAACCAAAACCAAAACGAGAAAAGAAUAAUAAUAAAAAAAAAACAGAACUAAAAAUAAAAAUUUUACGUACGGUUGGUGAAUUAAAAUCAAUAUAAUAAAAUAAAACAACAUCCUCUAGUUGUGAGUGAGAGUGAGACGAAAAAUUGAGUGAAGAAAAUUGCACACACAAAUUCCUACAUAUUAUCUUAUAUAUGUAUGUAUGUAGUUCUAUAUGCAAAAGCAAAAUUAUUAAAUUUUCAUCUCCUUUUCCAUCUCCGUCUCUGUUGCCACCUCCGGCUACGGCUACGGCUCCGCCGACAAACGAAAACGACAAAAAUUUGUUUCCUUUCACAUUAAAAUCCAAACAAAAUAAACAAAAAGAAAAACAUCAUAGCAAAAGGAUCUCUAUCAAAGAAGAUAUACCUAUCUUGGAAAUAAUGUAAAUCGCGAGCAGGAACUUUUGUCGAUUUGCAUUGGAAAAACAGAAUCAACCUCAAAAUAAAACAACAAUUAUUUAACAAUUGAGCCAAAAACCUAAAGGCAUUUAAAAAAAAAGCAAGAAAUAAAACUGAAAAGUAAAACCUCUACGAACAAAUACAUUUUUACUAAAAAAAAAAACACAACAAUGGCGGCGCGAAGUCAUCAAUAUUUCAGUCUCAGAUGGAAUAAUUAUCAGAACACAAUGACCUCUGUGUUCCAGCAACUGCGUGAAGAUUUAUCAUUUGUUGAUGUCACAUUAUCAUGUGAAAAUGGUUCGCUUAAAGCUCAUAAGGUGGUUUUAUCAGCAUGUUCGUCAUAUUUUCAAAAACUACUGCUGGAGAACCCAUGCAAACAUCCAACUAUCAUACUACCCGGUGACAUCAUAUUCACAGAUCUCAAAACGAUCAUAGAUUUUGUGUAUCGCGGUGAGAUUGAUGUUACUGAAUCUGAACUACAGGGUCUUCUGAGGACCGCUGAGCAGUUGAAAAUAAAGGGGCUUUGUGAAACAGCCGAAAGUGUCGAUGAGGCCGAAGCAGCAACAGCUACCAUCACAUUAUCAGAAAAUAUAACACAAACGGUUGUUGGAAAUAUUGUGAAUUCAUCACAGGGUAAUGAAAUAGUCACUACACACACAAUUGAAAACAACACAAAUACGCAUACAACAACAGCAAAUCUACAAAGUAAUAACAAUAAUAUUAAUUCAAGUAUUAAUGCAAUAGUUGGUACUCCAACGGCCACAUCGACUCCGCAACUGCGAAAAUCACGGGUCAGAAAACGUUCAAAGUCUCCGGAUACUAAUCAUCAGCAGCAGCAGCAACAUCAACAGCAGCAGCAACAACAACAUCAGCACCAACAGCAGCACCAGCAACAACAUCAGCAACAGCAGCAGCAGCAACAACAACAACAACACCAACAUCAUCAGCAACAAACAAUAUUAAGUCAGAAUCUUAAUACAGCGGCAAUAGUGAGCCUGCAACAGACCUCAUCUGGUAAUUAUAUACCGGUAUCGGGAGGCCAAACGAUAACGACGACAGCUGUUAGCCAACACAGCCCUGAAGAUUCUAAUCCGGAUAAGCCAAGUGCUCAGAAAAUCUGCAAAACUGAAUCAGCAAGCUCACCGGCAUCGAAUAAUGGCAGUGUAACUGUUGCACCUGGAACAGCCAUUGUAACACAAAUCGUUGUUGCCCAAAACGUUAAAGAUAAUAAAAACAUGACCAGUAUAGGAAUGGGAAUGAAUGGCGGUCUCCUCGGAGUACCAAUGGGCUUUUUAGAUUUUGCACCCGAACCACCAGCACCAUCGGCAACACCUGUAACAGUGACGGAGCACGUCGAUUUGUCGUGCAAUCCAAGUCAGGACACCAGAGAUUUAUCAAACACAGCACCAACAAAUGGUGGUGAAGUUCAUAUUAAAUUCGAGACUCUUCGUUCUUUAGAUCCCACCGAAGCGCUCGACAUUGACAAUCAUUUAGCACAACAUAUGAUCCAACGGCUUGAUCAAUCACCGAUGCAUACAAUCCACCAUCAGUCGUCAACUGGCGACGAGAGUAAUUCAAAUUUAAUUCAGCAUAUUAAGAGUGAAGUGAUUGAGGUGAAGCAUCAUCAUCAGCAGCAGCAGCAACAACAGUUGCAUGCGCAGACCUUAUCACAGCAAGGACAAUCACAACAACAACAACAACACCAGCAACAACAGCAGCAGCAACACCAACAGCAGCAGCAGCAGCAACAACAACAACAACAACACCAACAACAGCAGCAGCAGCAACAACAACAGCAACAUCAGCAGCAUCAAGAUAUCUCUGGUGCAACUGUAAUGGAAAUUGAUCCUAGCAAUAUCAAACACGAGCCAGGAAUGAUUAUCACACCGGAAAUUGUUACAAUGAUGGCAACGGGUCAUAUGGAUAUAUACUCAGAUGCCAGUGAGGAUUCGUUGAUGAUUGCAAAUGGUUCCCCAAAUGACAAUAACGAGCCACACUAUACAAAUUUGGACCAACAACAAGAUAUCAAAGGUCAGUUUAAUGGUCCCAAAACUUGGACACAAGAUGAUAUGAAUUCAGCUUUAGAUGCAUUAAAGAAUCAAAAUAUGAGUUUGACGAAAGCCUCAGUGACGUAUGGCAUCCCAUCGACAACAUUGUGGCAACGUGCCCAUCGCAUGGGCAUCGAAACACCCAAAAAAGAAGGCGGUACCAAAUCAUGGAAUGAAGAUUCAUUAAACAGCGCACUUGAGGCAUUAAGAACUGGUCAAAUAUCAGCUAAUAAAGCCUCGAAGGCGUAUGGUAUUCCGUCCUCGACAUUAUAUAAAAUUGCCCGACGUGAGGGUAUAAGAUUGGCAGCACCAUUUAAUGCGGCACCAACAACAUGGACGCCUGAAGAUUUGGAGCGUGCAUUAGAAGCAAUUCGUGCUGGUCAUACGUCCGUCCAAAAGGCUAGCUCAGAAUUUGGUAUACCAACAGGCACACUUUAUGGUCGCUGUAAGCGAGAAGGUAUUGAGCUAUCCCGCUCUAAUCCAACACCAUGGUCAGAAGAUGCUAUGAAUGAAGCAUUGAACUCUGUUAGAGUGGGACAAAUGUCUAUAAAUCAAGCGGCUAUUCACUACAACCUUCCAUAUAGUUCCCUGUAUGGCCGUUUCAAACGUGGCAAAUAUGAUAUAUCCAAUACGAGUGCAACAACAAUCAACAACACAUCAGGCAACACAAGCGGAAGCAUUGAAAUAAUUGAACAUAGUCCAGAGAAUUCGUUGCACAUGUUUCAGCAAACGUUCCAAUAUAGUCCAGCGCCGCAGUCCAAUCAUCAGACUCAACAACAACAACAGCAGCAUCAACAACAGCAACAACAACAGCAGCAACAGCAACAACAACACCAACCCCAACAGCAACAACACAUCCAUCAACAAGUUGUUCAUAUUCAACACCAACAAACACCACAACAACACCAUCACCAACAACAACAUAUCCAACAACAAGAUGUUGUUACCUCAACAAGUCAGGUUCAUACCCAAGCUGGACAAAUCCAACAUAUAUAUCACAGCACCCCGGAGAGGAGUUGAGAAUCAAUAAAGAAAAAAAAGGCUGCUAAAACUAAGGGUUAAAAAUUUUUGCUUUUAAUAACUAAAAAAUUAAAGCAAAAAGAUGAAUACAAAAUAACCAGCAAAGAAAGAAACAUAAAAUUAUAAAAGAAAGAAAUGAGAACAAGAAGAAGAAACAAGUAACUUAAGUGGAAUGGAGGACAAAAGGCUUACAAUUUAAAUAAGAAACAACAAUACACAUACAAUAUCGUCAAAAAUAAGGAAACCCCAAAUCAAAAAGUCGUCUUAUUCCUUCUGCAGAUAGAAAAAAUAAUAAUCAAUAAAAUAAAAUGAAGGAUUUAGUAAAAACCUAAACACAUAACAUAAUCAUUUGUUUUGUGUCAAGUGAUGUGGCUCAGCAAGCGACAUUCAAACUUUAACAGAAUUUAAACAAAACAAAAAUUUUAAUCAAACAAAAAACAAAACAGAAAUGAUUUCUUAUCUCGUAAAACAAAACAAAAAAAAGAUUGAAAAAAGAAAGAUGUAUUUUUGAUAAAACAAAUUUAGCUAAUGCGCGUUUUUAAUUUAUCAUUUUAAUAAUAAUGAUUAACUUUGUUUUGUUUUCUCAUUUUUCAAAAACAUUUUUACUCCGAAAUCACACGGAAGUGGAACAACACCCACUCACACACAUUAUUGUUACACACUGUUUACAGAGCGUGUAAGAGGGAUAGAGAUAAAGAAGUAAAUUAUAUAUAUAUAUAUAUAUGAAUAAAAAACUAAACAUAUAUUAUUAAUCAUAAAAUACGAUAUGAUAAAUAUUAAAUAAUAAACCCUAGUUAAGAGUUCUUUGUAAGGCAAACAAAAAAAAUAUAUAUUAUAUAUUAAAAAUAAUAUUAAACAAAACAAAAAAAAAAUAAUAAAAACAUUUACUAGAAUCUUCCAUUAGCAAUUAUUUUUUAUUGUUUUAUUCUCCUCAUAAACAAAAGCAAAAUAUUAUAAAUAAAAGAGUAAAGUAAUAAUUUAAACAAAAAGAAAAAAACUCAAUGUAAUUAUCAUGUAGGCAAUAACUAAAUAAAAAUAGAAAUUCAUAGAAAUAUUAAAAACAAAAAAUACGAAGAAAAACAACCUCACGUCCUUUUUAUCAUGAAUUCCAUCAACAAAAAUGAAAAUACAAAAAAAAACUAAUAUUAAUGUAAUUAAUAAAGAAAUGAAGGGAAAAUCAAAUCAAAAAGAGAAUGAAACUAAUAAAAAAGUAAAUAAUAAUAAAAUUAAAUUAAAUUUUAAUAUUAAGUAAAAACGAGACAUUUUUUGAAAGUGUUCUCUUUAAACAAAAAUAAAAAAAUUAAAAUAAAUAAAUAAACAAAAACAUAUAUAUAAAAAUUGCGCCUCUCUAGAGGCGUAGUAAAACGGACUGAUCAAUUCUCUGUUCGAGUCGAACUUUUAGAAUCAUUAUCAAAACAGAAAAUAUUAUAAUUUUAAUUUCUUAGGUUUAGAUAUUUUAUUAUUAGAUUUUAUGUUAUUUUUUCCCUUUCCCUACUUGAAA